AUGCUCCUCGCCACCUCAACCCGGCCCCUCGCCAAAUCCCUCAACCCCCACAUCCCCCUCCACACUCAAACCCGCAUUCAACGACAACAAACCCGCCCCGCCUCCCUCCUCCGCCGCCCGAAACGCCCCUACACCUUCACCCAACUCAUCACCCUCUCCGACGGCAGCACCUUCACCCACCGCACGACCUCACCCGCACCCAUCUACAAAUCCGUGCGCGAUACGAAGAAUUCCGUGUUGUGGAACCCGAGUAGUCAGAAAUUACUAAAUGUGGAAGAAGAUGAGGCGGGGAGACUGAGGAGGUUUCGGAGGAGGUUUGGGAGGGGUUUUGAUGCUGAUGGGGGGAUUGAGGAGGGUGGGGAUGGGAAUGGAGAGACGGCUCAAGGCGAGCAAGGACAGGAUCAGACACAGCAAGAUGACAGUCUUCUCGAUCUGAUCGCCGGCUAUGGACAAGCAGCAGCAGAAAAAGCUGGUGCUGUCGCUGGCGGGAAGGAGGAGAAGAAGAGUGCGAGUAGUGGCAAGCGGAAAGGAGGCAAGAAAUAA